CUGUCACUCACUGACGCAAUCAAAACUUUUCAUCGAAGCAGCCCGUCUGCCACCCAGAGUUCGAUUCAAACAAAAAAUCUCCCAAAAAAGUGCGACGCACCGUUUCGAACCCCGCUUUUCAAAGUGAAUUCCUCAAACCGUGACAAAGUGGUUCCUCCAGGCGGCACCAGCAUUACCGGCCAUGGCCAGUUCCCAUCAAUUCCGGCAACCGAACGCCGCCGCGGCUCAUGACCGAGCUGCUGAGGGGCAAGGAAAGCCCUUGAACCUGUUUGGCGGAGGAGGAGGAGAAGCUGGAGCGGGUACCGGACGGAACGGCACCGCGGAAAAGCACAUUACGACGAUCUUUUUCGAUCUGGACAACACGCUUAUUCCGACGCGGAAGGGAGACGCCAAGGCCUGCAGCAAGGUAGCGGAAUUCCUCAUCGCUGACCAUGGCGUCCCGCGCGAGCUGGCCACCGAAGCCGCCACGAACUUCCUGACGGCGCUCCGACGCUGUCCGGAUAAUCCGAACUUUUCACUCAUCCAGUGGCGCACCCAGAUGUGGACGGAGUGUCUUCCGGUGGCCUGGCGCCAUCUCGCCCCGGCCGUGUACUCCCGCUGGUUGGAGUAUCGGACGCGCUACAUGACGCCCUCCGAGGACGUCUUCGCCAUGCUGGAGACCCUGCGGCGUCGCUACCAGCUCGGAAUCAUCACGAACGGCCCGUCGGCGGCGCAGUGGGAAAAGGUUGACCGGCUCGGCAUGGGUCCGUUCUUCGACUGCAUCCUCGUCUCGUCGGAUCUUCCGUGGGCCAAGCCGGACCGGAAUUUUUACGCCGCCUGUCACUACUUGGGCGUCCAGCCGGAACAGUGCGUUAUGAUUGGGGACAAACUGGAAACCGAUGUGCAGGGUGGCGUCGAGUCGAAGCUGGGCAUAACGGUGUGGCUUCCGCUGCCCAAGGAUCUGCAGCUGGCGCACGACAAGAUCGACCUGUCCGAGCUUGACGACCACAUCCGGCCGGACGCCAUCGUACACGACGUGCUGGAUCUGCCGUCGAUUCUUCCCGAGCAGCAGCGCCAACAGCUGGUCGACGAGGACGGCAACUGGGAAGACUGGCGCGACAGCGGUUCGUUUGUGCAGAAGACCACCCGGAACCGGGCUGCCAGCUACAACCGCUUCCUGCCGGACGUUCCGGAUCUGUUCAGCUCGAGCAGCAACUCGUGCGACAGCAAUGGCAGCUAUUGAAGGACCUUUUUGUUUUGUUUCGCAUUCUCGAAUUUAUUUACAUUUAUUUCUUUUUUAUUAUUAGUUCAAAUGUUACUAAUUUAAGGUUGAACAACUUUUUAAAGGCUGCGUUUGCAAUUAACGCUGUCGUGCCCCUCGGUCAAAAUGGCGGCCUGUCAGUUUGACAAGCUUGUUGAAGGGCAUCACAGUGCUAUUGUUUUCAUAUUUUUUUAAAGUAAAUUUUCUUUAUUUCCAAGUGUUUCAAGCGAACCAGUCAAUUGGAACAAACCCACAAAUAUUUAAAAUAAUACAAAUUUAGCAGACUAGAAGCAGGGCCGGACUUCCUACACUCUCGCUCUCAUUCGUGAAGGGGAGUUAUCGAAGUACCUGAAAACAGAACAAACCACAGGAAUGAAUCCCGAGAUUUAAAAGGCAAGAUGAUUUUAAUUUUACCGAGUAAACAGUAAAGUAAACGCAUACAAUUCUGGCUGGACCCAGGAUUGCACAAUUGAAAUAUUUGUCUUGCGUCACAGAGACACUAACCUACACAAAAGAAAACCCACUUUGUACGCGUUCUACGCGAUUAAGCUGUAAUUGAAGGACACGCUGGCUUUUGUAGAAUAGUUGGUAGCUGUCGAACAACUCAUUGGAUAGAGAACGCUGCUAUUUUAGGAGAAGCAAAAAUGCAUCAGAAAAGGCUUUUAUAUGACAAGAAGAGUACAGAAAAUUGGUGGAAAAAUUUGGUAGAAAACAUAAAUGGUAGAGGCUUUGAGCGAAAUUGGAA